AUGGCAGAGAAGCGUGUCGCUCAGAUUGCCGGGCACCUCUUUGCCAAGGGUAUGCUGGGUGGUCAGGUGGCCAUCAUAACAGGCUCAGGCCAAGGCAUUGGGGCAGAAGCCGCGCAAUUGUUUGCACGUGAGGGCGCAAAAGUUGUGGUGCAGGAUAUAGAUGCCGCUAAGGCGAACGCAGUCGCACAAGCCAUCAAUGACGCAGGCGGACAAGCAAUAGCUGUGCCUGGCGAUAUGUUAAACGCACAGUACAUUGACGAGCUUGUGAAGAAAGCCGCCGAAUUUGGAGGGGGCAAGAUCCACAUUAUAGUCAACAAUGCUGGCUUCACUUGGGACGGAGUAAUACACAAGAUGACGGACAAACAAUGGGACACCAUCAUCGCUUUACACAAUACCGCACCGUUCAAACUUGUCAGAGCAGCCGCCCCGUAUUUCAGAGUCAAGGACGGAGAGCCGAGAAAUAUCAUCAACAUCAGCAGUACGAGUGGAAUUAAUGGCAACGCAGGACAAGCCAAUUAUGGACUUGCGAAAGCAGGCGUGACCGGUCUUUCGAAAGUCAUAGCGAAAGAAUGGGGUCCUUCGUUUGGUGUCCGUGCAAAUACCGUCGCCUUUGGCCACAUCCUAACACGCCUCACAGCCGCCAAAGAAGAAGGCGCCUUUGUGACGACCCCGGAUGGUAACCAGGUUGCCCUUGGAAUACCUAGGGCGCAGAAAGAAGCCGCAGGGAGCAAUUCAUAUGCCGACAUUCCUCUCAGAAGACCAGGCACCGCAACGGAAGCAGCCAGUGCAAUUUUGGCAGUUGCUAGUCCUUUAUUUUCGUAUGUGAAUGGCCAGACUAUCAUGGUGACUGGAGGUAGAAACAUGUAA